UCGGCCGCACAGUCUGGGUAAAGGAGUCUCCCAGAGUCCGGUACUGUCCCGCACAGUCCCCCUGAGCCCAGGCCGGUGGGUGGUGGUUUGGGUCCAGUUUUGGUCUGUUUUGGUCUUUUUUUGGUCCGGUUUGGAUCUAGUUUUGGUCCAGUUUUGGUCCGCUUUGGUCCGGUUCUGGUCUAGUUUGUGAAGAUGCUGCUGUUGUUCUUGCUCUUGUUCUUGUCGGUGUUCGGUUCGGCUGAACCCAAACUGAAGGACUUGUAUUCGUUCAAAGUGGUCAACAGCAGAGGGAAGCUGGUGUCUCUGGAGAAGUACCGGGGCUCGGUUUCUCUGGUGGUGAACGUUGCCAGUGAAUGUGGUUUUACUGCAGACCACUACAGGGACCUGCAGAAGCUGCAGAAGGACUUUGGCUCCUCCCAUUUCAACGUCCUGGCAUUUCCCUGUAACCAGUUUGGACAGCAGGAACCGGGCAGCGACAGAGACAUCGACAGCUUUGUCCGCAGAGUCUACGGCGUCUCCUUCCCUCUGUUCAGUAAAAUCGCUGUGGUCGGAACUGGAGCCAAUAACGUCUACAAAUACCUGGCAGAGUCGUCUGGAAAAGAACCGGACUGGAACUUCUGGAAGUAUCUGAUCGAUGUGGAUGGAAAAGUGGUGGAUGCGUGGGGUCCCAAAGUUUCAGUCCAAGAACUUCGACCCCAGAUCUCAGAGAUGGUUCGACAGAUCAUCUUAAAGAAGAAAGACGAGCUGUAACCUCAUGUAUUAAGCCCCUGUUUUCAGAUGGACUGGACUGUCAUGUUUAAUCAGGACAAUCGACUCCUGUUGGUUCUGAUUCAUUUUCUGCUGAAUAAACUUUUGUAC